AACAUGGCGGACGUCCCCAACACAAACCCGUUCCUCGAUGACGAGGACGUGGAAAAGCCUGGGAUUACGGUUACAGGUGAAAAUGACAUCGAAUCUCAGGCUGCAAAGACGAGCGACCACCAUGAACUUUCGUUGGAUGCACUUGCUGCGAGCCUACUGAAGGAAAACUUUGUGUUGACAGCUCUUGAGUUUCACACCGAGCUUUUGGAGACCGGAAGAGAAAUCCCACGUCUUCGGGAUUAUUUCUCCAAUCCGGGAAAUUUUGAGCGUACCAAAGAUGAAUUUGGAACUGCUUCAUUACAUAGGACCUCGAGCAUACAAACCUUCGAUUCUUUGGACUUUGCCAGAUAUUCUGAUGAUGGAGGCGGGCAAGUUGAUGAACGAGUAGCAGUUCUGGAGUUUGAGCUGAGAAAAGCCCAAGAAACUAUUAAAUCACUUCGAGCUAGUUUAACACAGGAAGCAGAAAAUGAGUUAGGGUCCACAGAACAGGUCAAUGAGGGCGUGGUGACCCUGGGUCAAGAGGAGGCCAUUAAACCACUGGACAAGAAAGCCAUUAAUUUCCUGAUCAAUGAGUAUCUCCUCCUCCAAAACUACAAACUCACAGCAGUCACAUUCUCUGAGGAGAAUGAGGACCAGGAUUUUGAGGACUGGGAUGAUGUUGGCUUGAACAUGGCUCGUCCUCCGAGUUUGCUGCAUCUGUACAAGGAUUAUGGCAACCAUGCCACUCCAGUAAUGUCAACUGAGGACUUUCACUGCCAGGUAGAGCUGGAGAGGGAGGAAGACCAAAAGCUGUGGGAGGAAUGGACCGAUCUGAAAUCUCAGUUGGAAUCUAAGGUUGCUGACCUUGAAAAUCAAAUUGAUGUUUGUAAGAAAGAAAACCAGAGCUUGAAAUCCCAGAUUACUGAAUUAUAUGACCAAAGAUCUGAAAACCAAAUGAUAUACAGUUUUACUCCUUCAAAAAAGCAUUCCAUUUCCAUCAAUCAGGAUAAUGAUUGCACAUUGGGUGUUGACAAUUCUGUAAACAAUUGUAAUGAGGAAUGUGAUAGGACAGAUGUGACUGAUUCAGUGAAGGAUAGUGAUAGUAAGGCUAAGUCUGUGAUAAAUGGGGACCAGUCCAGGGACCGAGACAUUAGUGAAGGGUCGUCAGAGUCCGUCGUGGUGCUGGACAGAAAUGGAAGCUUAGACGACAGAAGUCCGACAAUGACCAUGAGCCCCACCUCAGAGAGCACAGAAGACACAUCAAAAAGGCAUUUGACGCCAACAUUCAGAAAAUCAUUACUAGAUGUUUGUUUUCAUGUUUCUAAAGACAAUCGUAUUGUGCAUGAGGUUUCGCAGAUCAUUGGUGCAGACAGAGACCAUAUCAUCACCAUGUUGGCUCGCUGUCUCCCUCAUAUCGUACCCAAUGUGCUCCUGGCCAAGAGAGAGGAGUUAAUUCCCUUGAUACUAUGCACAGCCAUGCUGCAUCCAGAUUCCAAGGAGAGGGACAAACUCCUAAACAUACUUUUUAACCUGAUCAAAAAACCAGAUGAAGAACAAAGACAGAUGAUAAUGACAGGCUGUGUGGCCUUUGCACAACACACAGGAAGUGCUCGGCUGAUGGAAGAACUCCUCCCCCAGUGCUGGGAACAGAUAAAUCACAAGUACCCUGAGAGAAGAAUCCUGGUGGCUGAGGCCUGUGGGGCGCUGGCAUCCUACUUACCAACGGAGAUUCUUAGUUCGCUGAUCCUGUCAAUGCUGCAGCAAAUGAUGGUGGAUGACAAGGAGGCAGAAGUCCGGGAAGCCGUCGUUCGCAGCCUCGGAAUCUUGUUUGGAUUUAUCAGCGAUACAGACAAGUACACUCAGGGUUGUGAACUCCUGUGGACGUCCCUGAAGGACCCCUCGGAGCGAGUGGUGAUGACGGCCCUCCAUGUCUUUCUGCCGUCCCUCGCUGUGUGGGCCGACGAACUGGAUAAACUCCAGCAUAGUUUGAUCCACAGUGUGGUCAGGGACCUGGAAGAACUAGUUAAGUGUGCUCUGGCGGCACAGAAAGCCUCAAAUAGUACUCACAUUCCACUGAACGAGUCACGGUUCAUGAAUUCGAUGGCGGCCCUACAAGAGCUGAUCUCCUUCCUGUAUGUGUCCGUCAUAAAGACGGGGCCAUACUCUGACAGAGUCGGUGAAGUUCUGCACAAUGUGGUGGACGUUGAUAUAUCUCGUUUUCCCAAACCAAGCUCCAUACUUAGCGACCUAAAGGUGGUCUGUGGUGACAAGGAUCAGUUGUCUGCCUUUGUUCAUUUAUUCGAAAAUCAUAUUGGAAAAGAAUGGUUUGAACCGUGGGAUUCUUUCAACUGGGUUGUGAAUAAUUUAAUUCCUCGACUACUAGAAGUUGUGUUAGGGGCAGGUCUAGCCCUACCCAAAAUUGUGAAUAGUUUAUGUCGAUGCUUUUUUCUGCUAUCUCGGACAUUUGGAAAAGUUUUUGUGGAGAAAAGGUUGAGACCAAAAUUUAUUGAGUUAAUGGUACUGACAGAUGAGCAUACAGAUCACCGUGGUUACGCUGCUGCCAAGCAGACGAGUGUCACCACAUGUGUCGUCCCGGUCUAUGCUGCCGGAGUUCUGUCUGCAUUCAACUCUGAAGAAGACAGACAACAGCUGAGUCAGUUCCUACAAGAAAUCCUCUGUACUUUGUCCAUAUAUCAAGCCCCACUGGACAGUUUAAAGGCAGCCUUCACUGAACUCAGCUCCACCCACAGUAACCACGAGUUGCUGCUGACCGUGCUGUGGGAUGCCGUCGUCCACACCUCGCCUCAGGUCCGAGCAACGUCAGCCAGACUGUUUGAGCUGAUGGUGAAGGGGGUCGGAGAGAAUCUCAUCUCAACCCGCGUCUUUCCUGCUCUAGUCACCCUUGGUACAGAUCCAGAGAUUAUUGUUCGUACAGCAACCAUUCCUGCUCUUGGUGCAAUAAUAGAAAACGUUUCCCUCGUAGAUAUGCUAGACAGAGUUUACAUGCAGUUUGUUACAUUUAUGGAUGACCGAAUGUAUAGAGAUGAACAUGAAGUCAACAUUGAGCUCAUUCGCACACUAGCUCGAGUUGGUCCAAAUGCAGAACCUCGUUUUCGAGAUGAUCUGAUUCUACCCCGCCUGGCAUUCGUUGCUCUGAACAACAACCACCAGCAGAAUGAGAGGAAGAGAACCGAGGUGGCGCUGCAGCUGUUUGAGGCCUACAGUGCUCUGUCCUGUUGCUUCAUUAAUGACCAGUUGGUACAAGAGGCCAUGUUGCCCGGGUUACGGUGUCUGAAACAAGACAUGGCUGCUGUGGCUCCAGAAAGAGAGGAGGUAGUGUCCUCCAUUAUCAAAGACUACGAAGCCAAAGUAGAAGGCUCAAGGUCUGGUAAUAUGCCUUCAAAUCAUGGUCCAGAGGAUGUGAAAUCUCGUGUCAUGAACAGAAUCAAAGACACCACGUCAAAGGCCAACAUCUCCAACAUCUUCACGCGGAAGAAGUAGAAAUGUGUUCAGCAACUUGAAUGCUCCAUUCAAAACUAGAACAGAUAGAGUCAACUAUGAAGAUAAAUUCUCAUCCCACUGCUAGGUGCUACAAAUAUAAUUACACUGAGCUCUAAAGAUGUGUGAAGAAGACCUUUUAACUAGAAAACAGAUCAAAUUCAAGCUUGAUUUAUUUCCAUUCCAAUACAUUAUUUAAACCCCGCAGCACUAACGUGGUGGGAUGUUUGGUGUGAGUGCUGUGUCUCGCUGCGACAUUACUUAAAGUUACGAUCUAUGCGAAGUCUGUUAGCAUAGAUGAAGAACAUUGUCCCCGGGGGAUGUUUAGGAAGCAGAUAAUGAAUGGAAGUAAAUCUGUUGAUUGUGUUUUAUGGUUGUUUGAGAGAGAUCGCAGUAAGCUGAGCGAGUGGAUUACAACACAGCAGCCAUAUUGAUCCACAAACAGAAAAGGCCAUUUCUCAAUGACCAUAAGAUCUGAUGUAGAUUACUAAAUGAAUUUGUAAAGACACCAUUGCAGUUUCUGAAGCUUUCUUGUUUUUUGAAAUAGUUUGUAGUGCAUGGUAGAACUUGCACAUAUUCCUAAAUCAUGUGAUAUUUCAAAAUUGUACAAAUUAUAAUUAUUACUUAUAGAUGCAUUUUCACAAAGGGAAUUAUAUGUUGACAAUUUCUUAGAACUCAUGGAUGUAUUUAAAAAUGUUUUUUUUUUUCAAUUUUUAAUUACUAAUAGUUUACUCAAGAGUUGCCAAAAUUGUUUUUAUCAAGAUUAAGAUUAAGAUAUUUGUAUUAUUGAAAUUAAGUACAUGUACAAUGUACAAGAUUUUUGUUUGCAUCCAGUGAAGGUCUUCAUCUUUAAGGCAUUAAUUUAUCUAUGCAGGGGUCAUUAUUCAAAGUAAUCCUGGAUAAGUAUAAAAUAUGAACAUUUAUUGGUUUUAGUUUAUAUGAAAUUGUACUUAACUGAAAAACAGAGAACGGGGGACAUAAAUAGUUGAUUUUAAAGUGAUGCCCCAAAAAUUAGGUACCCAUGUGAAGAAUCCUUUCUUUUACCGUAGUAAUUUUUAACGAUCUUUUAAACAUUGUCAUUUGCAAAAAAAUUAAAUGUACAUGUAUUCUCUAUAUAAUCAAUUCACUGAUAUGAAAAUGUUGUUCUUUUGGUUUUCCAAUCAAGUUAAUAUCUUUUUUCUAGCAAGCAUAUUUUUGGAAUUUUGAAUAUUUUUGGAUUGCUAUUUAAAUCUCUCCAAAAUAUGUGUUAUUCAAUUUGUCAUGUCAUUUAUUUGCAUAAUGUGUAUAGCACACUUAAUCUAGUAAUGAAUGCUUUAUAAUGUUUUUAUUCCAUGAUACAUAUCACUUAAAUAUUAAUGUGAUUGAUAUUUAUAUUUUUACACUUUUUUGUUCUAUAAUGACUUAAUUUAUUGUUUUGUUUGUAUUUUAUA